GACCAGGCGGCGGCGGCGGCGGCUCUGCUGAGGUGACAACGUGCUAGCAGCCCUCGCUCGCUCUCGGCGCCUCCUCGGCCUCGGCGUCCGCUCUGGCCGCGUUCGAGGAGCCUUUCAGCCCGCCGCUGCGCUAUGAGGGCCCCUCUCUGGGGCUGGCCGAGGCCGGAGCCGGCUCCCUCUGCUCACGGGGAAGUGUGAAGAGAGAGGCACGAGCGGGAGCCGGGGCUGAGCGCGGCGCUCGCGGACCGGCGCGGGUUCCAGGUGAGCGCGGGCUUGGCGCGCCCCGCACUCGGCGCGGCCGGCCGGCGCCUGCUAGGCUUGAUCGGAGGCUGAAUCCGGUGCGUGGACCGCCGUUCCCUCUUCGCGGGAUCGUUGGCCACGAUAGCAGGUCUCCGUCUCUUUCUCGCUUCCUCUCUUCCUCUUGAUUGUCUGGGAGGAGCUCCCUCUGGGCUGCCGGAGUCCCGGGGCUAGGUACCGCAAAGUCCAGGCGGCGAGUGCCAGGGCGCGGAGGCGAGCGCCCCGGGCCGGUCCCAGGGCAAAGGCAGGGACGCGGGCGGACCUGGCGAGGCGGCCUCCCGGGAGCUCCGAGUGCGCUCGCCCUCGGCUGCAGGUGUUGCGGGAGGACCUCGUGGCGCGGAACUUUCUGCCGCCGCCCACCUUCUGCUCUGCUUUUCCGGCUACCCCGCUGAGUUGGGGGGGCUCUGGCCCCCUCUGCGUUCUGGUGACGCUCCGCGGCGGCGGUGACUCGGCCCUCCAAGCCCAGGCAACUUUCUCGCACCAGCUGCAGGCAGCCCCGGCUGCGUUUCGGGCGUUUCUCCUCGACCCGACACCAGGCGCUCCCUAGGUCUUGGGUGUCUUCCUCGACGGUUGCCUUCCUAUCUUGCCCCCUUUGCCUCGCUUUUUCGGAGUCCUCCUGCCUCUCAUUCUCACCAUGUGUGUCUCUGCCUCUGUUUCUCUUUCUGAGCCUUGGUGCCCUCAGUCCACACUCUCCGGCCAUGUAGCUGGGGUUUUUUCCCCCUUAUUUCAUAUUUUCCCCUUUCUUAGGAUGCCUGUGUCCCUGUUAAUCUGUCUUUCCGUUUAUCUCUCCGUCUUGCAGCAUUUGUUCUCUUUCUGUGUCAGCUUCUCGCAGCUUAUCUGUCUCCCUCUGUCAUCUCCCUGCCCCGUCUUCCCGAGCACGAGCCCCCUGAUCCUGAAGCGUCUUGGUUAGGGGAGCAAGCUCUGACCCAUCUAAUGGGCAUCUCCAGGUGCAGAGACUUUCCUGUUUGGGGUCAGCGGGGACGCGGAGGAGACGGCCUGCCCUUGUCUGGGCUGUUGUGGACCUGAAUGAGGGGCGCAAGGCGUAGAGUGGAGGGUGCCGCGGUAGGCUCCCCUCGCCGGGUCUGAGGGCGCUGCGCUGCCGCGAACCUGAGCGCACUGAGGCUGCUACUCUGGACAGCGAAAGCUGCGCAAGCCCCUCCCGCAUACCCGAUUCUUUGACUAUGGUUAGUUGAAUUUCCAGGAGCAGAGUCUACCUCCCCAACCUUUAUAGCCAGCUGCAGGAGAACGGACAGUGGACAGGCAAACGUAGAUGCUCGAAAGGGUGGGAGCUUCCUUCAGGCAAAGGUGUUGCUAGCAGAGAGGAGCUUUUGGGGACUGAGAUGCAUUUUUGUAGAAGCAUUUUGAGGAUGAAUGUUUGCAAAUCAUUUUGAAAUUGCCAAGUGCAACAUACAUGGAAUGUAUCCUGCUUUUAUCUUGGAGUUCACCUGUGUGGCUUGGAUUUAUCACAGUAGCAUUUGUCUUCAAUCUGUGUGUUAACUAGAAAUCAAGGAAAGACAUGAGGAGAUUUGUUUACUGCAAGGUGGUUCUAGCCACUUCACUGAUGUGGGUUCUUGUUGAUGUCUUCUUACUGCUGUACUUCAGUGAAUGUAACAAAUGUGAUGAUAAGAAGGAGAGAUCUCUGCUGCCUGCAUUGAGGGCUGUUAUUACAAGAAACCAAGAAGGGCCAGGAGAAAUGGGAAAAGCUGUGUUAAUUCCUAAAGAUGACCAGGAGAAAAUGAAAGAGCUGUUUAAAAUCAAUCAGUUUAACCUGAUGGCCAGUGAUUUGAUUGCCCUUAAUAGAAGUCUGCCAGAUGUAAGAUUAGAAGGAUGUAAGACAAAAGUCUACCCUGAUGAACUUCCAAACACAAGUGUAGUCAUUGUGUUUCAUAAUGAAGCUUGGAGCACUCUCCUUAGAACUGUUUACAGUGUGAUAAAUCGUUCCCCACACUAUCUACUCUCUGAGGUCAUCUUGGUAGAUGAUGCCAGUGAAAGAGAUUUUCUCAAGUUGACAUUAGAGAAUUACGUGAAAAAUUUAGAAGUGCCAGUAAAAAUUAUUAGGAUGGAAGAACGCUCUGGGUUAAUACGUGCCCGUCUUCGAGGAGCAGCGGCUUCAAAAGGGCAGGUCAUAACUUUUCUUGAUGCACACUGUGAAUGCACGUUAGGAUGGCUGGAGCCUUUGCUGGCAAGAAUAAAGGAAGACAGGAAAACGGUUGUCUGCCCUAUCAUUGAUGUGAUUAGUGAUGAUACUUUUGAAUAUAUGGCUGGGUCAGACAUGACUUAUGGGGGUUUUAACUGGAAACUGAAUUUCCGCUGGUAUCCUGUUCCCCAAAGAGAAAUGGACAGAAGGAAAGGAGACAGAACAUUACCUGUCAGGACCCCUACUAUGGCUGGUGGCCUAUUUUCUAUUGACAGAAACUACUUUGAAGAGAUAGGAACUUACGAUGCAGGAAUGGAUAUCUGGGGUGGAGAGAAUCUUGAAAUGUCUUUUAGGAUUUGGCAAUGUGGAGGCUCCUUGGAGAUUGUUACUUGCUCCCAUGUUGGUCAUGUUUUUCGGAAGGCGACUCCAUACACUUUUCCUGGUGGCACUGGUCAUGUAAUCAACAAGAACAACAGGAGACUGGCAGAAGUUUGGAUGGAUGAAUUUAAAGAUUUCUUCUACAUCAUAUCCCCAGGUGUUGUCAAAGUGGAUUAUGGAGAUGUGUCAGUCAGAAAAACACUAAGAGAAAAUCUGAAGUGUAAGCCCUUUUCUUGGUACCUAGAAAACAUCUAUCCGGACUCCCAGAUCCCAAGACGUUAUUACUCACUUGGUGAGAUAAGAAAUGUUGAAACCAAUCAGUGUUUAGACAACAUGGGCCGCAAGGAAAAUGAAAAAGUGGGUAUAUUCAACUGUCAUGGUAUGGGAGGAAAUCAGGUAUUUUCUUACACUGCUGACAAAGAAAUUCGAACCGAUGACUUGUGCUUGGAUGUUUCUAGACUCAAUGGACCUGUAAUCAUGUUAAAAUGCCACCAUAUGAGAGGAAAUCAGUUAUGGGAAUAUGAUGCUGAGAGACUCACGUUGCGACAUGUUAACAGUAACCAAUGUCUCGAUGAACCUUCUGAAGAAGACAAAAUGGUGCCUACAAUGCAGGACUGUAGUGGAAGCAGAUCCCAACAGUGGCUGCUAAGGAACAUGACCUUGGGCACAUGAAGACCAUGUCCUCCAAGCCAUGAAAGUGUCUACGCUUUUGUUUUUCCAUUAUUUCAAUUGGGAGAAAAUAUUGACUUUGCUGAAUUGAAAGUUUUAAAAAUCCUUUUAGUAUUCUAAAACACAAUUGUUUCUAAUUCGUUUCUAGAAAUGUUUGCUUAUUUCCCUACUAAAAUUUGUAUCUGAUCAAAGCACAUAAAAAUAUAAAUAAUAGCAAACUAUUAUUAAACAACAGAACAACUUGUAAAACAAACUGCUUUAAGAAAAAUCUUUAUUGCACUCAUGUCAGAGGGUUAAUUGGAGGUUAUUUUAAUUUUGGUUGUCAUGGUGAUUUAAAGAGAUAAUGUAAAUGCCUUAUAAAAUCAUCUUCAUUAUGAAAUAUUAUCAGUUGCUUUAUAAACUCACCCUUUUUACUGAUCCUUCAUGGAAACAUGUUUGAAUUCUAUGUCUACAACAGGGCCACAUAUUAAAUUAUUUCUGAAUGGUGAAUUCAUCCUACAAAAUGUUCCAAGUUUUGGGCAAAGAAAAACGUUACAUUGGAUAUUGAAUUCAUAGAGCCUUUACAGAAGCAUCAUAUUUAAACCAAUGUGAAUCCAAAAAAGAGAAGGAAAAUGUUUAAAUUCAAUUUAAAGUACAUAAAAAAAAGAAAUCCGUGAAGCACUGAGGGGAACAAGACGAGUCUAAUCCGCAGCGCUUCAAUCAUUGUGAGAGAACUCAAAGUGGGUUGCAAUUCCUAACACAGGCUGAAGCUAAACAAUCUUGCUUCCAGAGUUUAUGUUGGAAACUCAAUUCUUAACCAAAAUCUUGGUCUCCACAAACUCUACCAUCCCUUUUCUCUUCACUCUAUAGACAGUGGCAUGCCACUGAUGCUGUACAGAAUUGUAGGUGAAAGGGAGAAUUUUAGACUUAAUUUUUAACUCUAUUGCACUUAAAGAUUUUAGUUAGGUCACCACUGUCAUUUUCAUUUUCUAUGUUAAAGAAUACCUUUCAGUGCUAUGCUCCAAUAUCUAAAAAUUUUAUCACCAGGGGAAUAAACUCAACACAUAUUCAUUAAACUUUUAUUGUAAUUAAACUGCUAUAUAUUGUUUGCCAUAUAUUAUGGCCUGAGGAACAUAGUUAUAAUUAGGCUAGAUUCACAUUUUCUUUUCUCAUCUUAAAACCCUUUAUGUUCAAAAUACAUUAACAGAGGCCAUGAAAAGGAAAAAAAAAAUCGGAAUUUUGCUAAUAAGUUUUUAUAUUUGACAGCAUUUAAAAUGCUCAUAGAGUUACCCUAUAUAUGUAUGUUAUUCAUUAUAAAUGCACUCAGCAGCUAAGAGAAAUUCGAGAGUAAAAAUGGAAGAAGUGUUUUCUGGAGCAGAAGAUUCCACUUCUUUGGUCCUCAUCUUUACUUAAAAAGCUCUUAUAGAAAGAAUUAAUCAUUCUGACUGCAUACAAACUCUCUAUGUCUCUGACUUGCACAUACACUGCUUUAUAAUGAAAAUGAGGACGCUUUCUUAUCGUCAGUAAAAUCUCAAAUGAUUUUUGCAACUGGUAUUCCUUCCUCUUUUGACUUUUUAUUGGUACAACUGUAGGGAAGAAUCUGCAACCUGGAGCAUUUCAGGUUUGCUCUUUAAAUAUAGACACCCCUCACCAUGAGCUCUCUGGGAAUCCAUGACUUUCCUAAAAUUGUAAGCAAAAUGUUGAAUAUCAGGGCAUUUUUUUCUGAGGUGGGAGUAUGUCACUCACAGCAAACUUGGAAAGAAGGCUAUGACUCACAAGAGGCAGUGAACCAUUGCCUUAAAUUAUUAGCAGCCUCUCAAGUCCAUUGAGGCCUCAUGUAAAAUUCCCAUCUUUCAUUUUUACACUCCUCUUCUGCCCCUCAUUUCCUUUUCUCCUGACUAAGGUAAAAAGACCCUGCACAGCAUUAUUACUUAAGUUGAAAAAGCUUCAACUCUCAAGGACUCAUGUAUACCAUAUGUUCCACUUAUUGAUUUGUCAGUCAAAAUGCAUGUUAUGUAGAAAAUGGUCAAUGGCAAAUUUUUAUAAAUACAGCUACCCCAUCAAAGCUGAACUUGAAACAUUUUAGCAGCAUUUUAAAUAUGUGAAAGUUCGUUAUGGUCAUGGUGAGAAAACUAAAACUACAUGAGUUUCAUGCUAGAAAAGAAUUUUUUAAGAAUCUUCAGAUGGCUUGAACGCAUGCCAUUAUAGUAUCUAACAAAAAGUGGCAUAAAAUAUAAAACACCCAACACUAGAAAGCAAUGACUAACAUAUAAUUCGUUUUCAAAAAUGUUUAUUGUCUUCAGUACAAAAAGUUAAAACCAUGACUGGAUUCAUAAUGCACUUGUCUUAUAGAUCCCUUAUUUAUGGAGCUAGACUGACAUAUUUCAAACCAGUCUCUUCUGUGGUCUUCUCCAUCUCAGUUAAUGCAACUUCAGCCUUCCAGAUGCUCAGGUCAAAAACUGAAAGUUGCUUUUGACUCCUCUAUUUCUGUUUCAACUUUCAUCUAAUCCAACAGCAAAUUCCCUUGAUGCUACCUUUGAAAUAUAACUAGAAAAGAAUGACUUGCCGCCACAUCCACUAGGUGUCACUACCUCUAACCUUUUUAAUCGCAAUAUGCUUAUUAUUUAGUUCCCUAAUUUCCUAGUCCUUGUCUUGAACAAUCUUUUCUCAAUACACCAGCCAUAGUGAUUCUGUUAACCAUGAAUUUGAUUGUGUCAUUUCCCUGCUCACAAUCUUCCAAUGACUUCUCCCUCCAGUGGCCUUCAAGGUCCUUCAUGAGUGUUACCCCUCUACUCAUCCACACCACUCACCACACAUACAUACACAUGCACACACACACAAAUACAAUUCCACCUUUUUCUAACGCCAUCUCUUAUCUCUUAUUAUUCUGCCUCUUACUUACCCCACUAUGGCUCCCAAGAAAUUUCCCGCUUUAGUGUUUUGUUCCCUCUGCCCCAGAGAGCUCCCCUUAGUGGUCUCAGUUAGAACAUUAUCUUAUCAGUAAGACAAACCCUUCUCCCAUCUGCCCUCCCUAUCCCCUGUACCUGACAAUCUAAAAGUUUGCUUCUUUAUUUCUGUCUACACUUCCCCCUUCCCAGCCCCAAACAUGCCCAUCACAUGCCCUAGAAGGUAAGUCCCAUGAAGGCAGGGGCUUUGUCAGUUUUGUUCAUUUGGUAUUUCUGGCAUAUGUAUUCUUUAAAUAUUUCUUGAAUUAAUGAACUGAAAAAUGUGUGUUAAAGUUGCUAAGUGUUACUGUAUCAUACUUUUUUUGUAUUUUAAAAUUUAAAAUAAAGGCUAAUAUAUUUAGACAGGAUUUCCAAUAACUUUGUCUUCAAGUUAUAAUUUUCUUCGUAAUAUUCUUCACAUCAAACUGUGGACUAUAUAUUAUUUUCUGGAUAAAAUAUCCUGCCUUAUGGAAAUGAAAUAUGAUAUUUUAUUAAAAUGCUGCUAUAUUAUAUAAGUUGCUUCAUUAAGCUAAAAAUAGUUUUAAUUUUUAUUUUUUGUGUCCAAUGGCCACCUGAAGGUAUAAGAUUUUGAUUUUUAAAGAAGAGAUAUCAUUGUCUUAAAAAGUAUGUAUUUUCUUGAUUUCAUAAGAACUAUUACUAAAUUUAUCUUCUAAGUGCAGUCAAUGGAAUAAACACAAUUACAGAGAUUUUUAAAGGA